CAUAGGACAUUUGGUGCAAAGUGAACAAGCAUGAUUGGUUGUACACCUACUUUCAUCGUGCGUGCAUACCAAGCAGGAGAUUACCAAAAUGCCAGAAGAAUUGUUGCCAGUGGGACAAUGGAGUUAGUGAUGGUAGCAUUCAAACAGGCUAUUCGCUCACUGUCUAAUGUCUGCCUGCUUUUUGCCAGUGGUCCCGUGGUUUAUGUCAUCACUGGUUCAUUGGCUUGCAGUAGUUUGAUAUGCCUUGUACUACUGGCUCUCAUUUACCUGGCAUGCUGGCAGGUCUAUGCCAGCUACCGCAGGGAGAGGAUGGAAACAGACAUGGCGGAUAUAGAGGGAUAUUAUCUGAAACCACCUGGAGCUGGCUUCUAGAUAGCAAUGGAGGAAGAGGGAGCCAGGGAGGUGGUGGGUACAGUGGGAGUUAAGAUGGAGCCUGGGGACCCAUACACCUGCCAGCUCUUCCGACUUUUUGUCGAUCAGCAUUUCCGUCGGCAUGGACUGGGCCAGAGGCUGACCCAAAAGGUCCUGGAUUUUGCCAAGCACUAUGGUUACAGAUCCUGCCUGUUGAAGACCACCAGUGUCCAAGAACCAGCCAUUUGUAUGUACCAGAAAAUGGGCUUCCAGAUUCAAAGUUCCAGCCCUGUGUCAGGCCCUGUGCUUUUGAGCAUGUUAUCCAAAAUUUCAGUGUAUGAAUUGGAAAAGAAUCAGUGAUUGGCGUCCUUGAAUCUGUUGAACUGAUAUCCAUCCCUACCCAUCAACACAACUCAAUGAGCAUAGGAACUUCGUUUGGCUCAUCAGACCCACACUACUAUUCAAUAUGAUCGUGGUUUAUUCUCUAUCACAAUGCCAUACUCCACCAUCUCUCAUCCCUCUUGAUAUUUUUAGCCUCCAGUAACCUGCUUUUUUAAAAUCCUUUAAAUAUAUCCAAUUACACAAUCACGUGUGGUGGAAAAUUCCACAAGUUCACCACCACCAGAGUGGAAAAACAAAUUUAUCUCAGCCUAUCCUGUGUUCUGACAGAAUGACCCCCUCAUUCUGGACCAUCACAUCCACUCCCUUCUCCUUCCCCUCCCUGGCUGCAGAAGAGGUUUACUAGGAUGCUACCUGGAUUAGAGGGUAUGAGCUAGAAGGAGAAGCCAGAAAAUCACAGGUUGUUUUCUCUUGAGUGGCAGAGGCUGAGGGGAAACUUGAUAGCAGUCUAUAAAGUUUAGAUGCAUAGAUAGACUCUGACUGUGAAGCCUUUUUUCCCCAGAGUUGAAAUUUAAUACUAAGGGCAUGUGUUUAAGGUUACAGGGGGGAAAAUUCAAUGGAGAUGUGAGGGGCAAGUUUUUUUUACACAGAGUGGUAAGAAUCUGGAACACAUUGCCAGGGGUUGUGGUGGAGGUAGAUACAAUAGGGGCAUUUAGGAGGCUUUUAGUUAAGCACAUGAUUAUG